CAGUCCAUUAAAAUUGAAAUUGAUCAGGCUUAUAUAAAAUUGUGCCAAGAAAAGUGCCUGCUCGCUAGUGCGUCAUAUACUCUUCAAUUAUUACGCAUACGACUCGUGUGACGAAACGGAUAUUGAAUUAGCUCUACAGACAGGCCUGUGUUUAUACCAGUUGUAAAUUAAGGAAGUUCUCAUCGAUUUGCUGCCGUUCGUUGUUGUUGUUGUUGUUGUUGGGAGUGUGCAUGCAACUGGCUUUAGAGAUGAUGCAAACGCUGAAACCGCCACCGCCAUUGCAUCAACAGCAUCCGCAUCCACAUCCACAUCCGCAUCCGCAUCCACAUUCGCAUCCACAGCAUCUGCAGCAGCAGCUGUCAGUCAUGGAUAAUCACCAGCAGCAACAGCAACAGCAACAGCAGCAGCAACAACAACACAUUCAUCAGCAGCAGCAACAAUUGCCGCCCACGCCGCAGGCAUCGCACCUGCUCGCUGGCCAGCACAGCCAUCAUCAGCAACAUGCUGCGGUUGGCGUCGGUGAUCACGAUGACCCAAAUCCGGAAUUUGUGUUGGCUUUAAUAUCAAGGAAUCGAGCGCUCGAGGCAACGAUACCGAAAUGUGGCGGCUGCCACGAGCUGAUCCUGGAUCGCUUUAUACUGAAGGUGCUGGAGAGGACUUGGCAUGCGAAGUGUUUGCAGUGCAGCGAGUGCCACGCCCAGCUGAACGACAAGUGUUUCGCCCGGAACGGUCAGCUGUUCUGCAAGGAGGACUUCUUCAAGUCGAACAGACGUUAUGGUACGAAGUGUUCCGCUUGUGAUAUGGGCAUACCGCCCACCCAGGUGGUGCGUCGCGCCCAGGACAACGUCUAUCAUCUGCAGUGCUUCCUGUGCGCCAUGUGCUCGCGCACCCUCAACACGGGCGACGAGUUCUAUCUGAUGGAGGAUCGCAAGCUCAUCUGCAAGCGCGACUACGAGGAGGCCAAGGCGAAGGGUCUCUACUUGGACGGCUCGCUGGAUGGGGAUCAGCCCAAUAAGCGGCCACGCACCACAAUCACAGCCAAGCAGCUGGAGACACUGAAAACCGCAUACAAUAACAGUCCGAAACCCGCCCGACAUGUGAGAGAGCAACUGUCGCAGGACACGGGCCUGGACAUGCGAGUGGUGCAAGUGUGGUUUCAGAACAGGCGCGCCAAGGAGAAGCGACUGAAAAAGGAUGCAGGACGCACGCGCUGGAGCCAAUACUUCCGCUCCAUGAAGGGCAACUGCUCGCCGCGCACUGACAAAUUCCUCGACAAGGAUGAACUGAAAGUGGACUACGACAGCUUCAGUCAUCAUGAUCUUAGCAACGACAGCUACAGCACCGUCAAUUUGGGCCUGGACGAGGGCGCCUCGCCGCACAGCAUACGCGGCUCCUAUAUGCAUGGCAGCUCCAGUCCCUCGCAGUAUCCGCCGAGCAGUCGCUCGCCCCCAGUUCCGGGCCAAAGUCAUACGUUUGGGUCCUAUCCGGACAAUAUUGUCUAUACAAAUAUCGAUCAUGCAGUUGGUGCUAAUUUGCACGCAAGUAAAUCGCAUCAUCGCCUGCACAGUAGCAACAAUGUAUCGGAUCUGAGCAACGAUUCCAGUCCCGAUCAGGGCUAUCCUGAUUUUCCGCCUAGUCCCGACUCCUGGCUGGGCGACUCGGGCAGCACCAAUAAUAAUAUCAGCAACAAUAAUAAUAAUAAUACUAGCAACAACAACAAUAGCAGCAGCAAUGCGAAUAGCACUACCAGCAACAACAACAACCAUAGUAGUGGGUCGACGUCCAAUGCGAAUGCCGCCGCCAACCCUCCCGCAACGCCUGGCGUACAUUACUGAUACUCAAAAAUCCUUUUGCGUUACUUUGAAAUGCAGUCGCGAAGUCUGCUGCUCGCCGCAGCCCAACAACAACAACAGCAGCAGCAGCAGCAGUGACAACAACAGCAAAGCAUACUUCGCAGCAGCAGCGCUAGCGACGCCAUUUUGAAAGCUCGCCUGUAGCUUGACAACGGUUAACAGUGCUGAGAUACUGACUAAUAGUAGGCUAACAGCGUUGGGCGCCAGAGUAACAACUGAAAAGCUUUAUAGUUAACAGCGUGAGCUUUUGUUUCUUCGCUGACUGCAUUUACGCAUAUGCACUACUUUUUUUUACUUUUACUAACGUAACACAAUUUGCUCAAGUUUCCGUAUUCCAUUGAGUUUUUAUAUAUGGAAGAUAACGAACAUUCGUAUAUGUAUCAAUGUUCGAUGCUUUAAAACAAACAGGCUUAAAUAAUAAUGAGUGUGUUGAUUACAUCCACUUCCUUGACCGCUUUUGUUUGUACUUUGAACUUUGAUAUUUUAGUGUAAUGUAAAUAUUGUAUAUUUGUGUAUAGUAAACAAGAAGAACUACAUUUUAAAUUAAACUAAGUCUGUAUAGGGUCAUACAAAGAUUGGGAGACAGUGCACAACACUUAUUAAGCUGAGCUCCCAAAACAAGUUAUUUAUUGCUUUAUAUAGGAAUACAUGAAUUGCAUAGGAGAAAUAUCAAUUACGAAAAAGUGAUGUCGUAUAUACAUACAUACAUAUAUCUAAAAACAAA